UUUUCUCAACGGAAAAUUAAACUAAUCCAGAUGGUUGGUUGAAGUUAAAUGCUAAAGAAACAGAGUACACUAUAAAAUGGGGUUGCUCUAGCUUUCUUAGAAUCAGAACCAAAUAUCCAUUUUGAAGUAGACAAGAGAGGGAAAAUGGGGUUUCUAAUGGCUUCCUUUUCAAUCGCUCUUGCAUUGUCCAUAAUGUUAUUCAGUUUCCCAUCUGAAAUUUCAGCAAACUCUACUCCAACUCCACCCAGGAAACUUCAAUCCUACACCUCUCCACCAGUAUCAUCACCAGUUCAGUCACCACUUCCACCCAAUGAUCCUUACCCUUAUCCAUCUUCACCACCUCCCCACCCAGUGUACCCCUCUGCACCACCACCAGUUCACUCCCCACCUCCACCCAAAGCUCCUUACCAUUACCCAUCUCCACCACCUCGUCACUCUCCUCCCAACAUUCAUCCAGUUUACCACUCUCCUCCACCACCAGUUAGAAGGUGCCCUCCCAAUGAUAGAAAGUGCCCUCCCAAGCGAGAGCUUCACUCUCCUCCACCACGAGUUAGAAGGUGCCUUCCCAAUGUUAGAAGGUGCCCUCCCAAGCCUGAGCUUCACUCUCCUCCACCACCAGUUAGAAGGUGCCCUCCCAAUGAUAGAAGGUGCCCUCCCAAGCCUGUGCUUCACUCUCCUCCACCACCAGUUCACACUUCCCCUCCCAAUGAUAUUCCUCACCCAAUUCACCAUUCUCCUCCACCACCAGUUAGAAGGUGCCCUCCCAAUGAUAGAAGGUGCCCUCCCAAGCCUCUGCUUCACUCUCCUCCACCACCAGUUCACACCUCCCCUCCCAAUGAUAUUCCUCGCCCAAUUCAGCAUUCUCCUCCACCACCAGUUUACCCUUCCCCUCCCAAUGAUAUUCCUCCCCCAAUUCACCAUUCUCCUCCACCACCAGUUUACGCUUCCCCUCCCCAUAUUCCUCCCCCAAUUCAGCAUUCUCCUCCACCACCAGUUUACCCUUCCCUUCCCCAUAUUCCUCCCCCAAUUCAGCAUUCUCCUCCUCCACCAGUUCAAACUUACCCUCCCCAAAUUCCUAAUCCAAUUUCCCAUUCUCCUCCUCCACCAGGCCAAAAUUACCCUCCAUACAUUCCUAACCCAAUUUUCCUUUCUCCUCCUCCACCAUUUCCAAUUUCCCAUUCUCCUCCUCCACCAGUUCAAACUUACCCUCCAAACAUUCCUAUCCCAAUUGACCAUUCUCCUCCACCAGUUCCCAUUAACCAUGCCCCACCUCCUCCACCAUAUCGCCAUACCGGAUCUAAUAAGCAGAGACCGUGAAAGCAGAGAAAGCUAUGGAUGGAAGAGCACAUCAUGAGAAACAUACAUAGAAGAGAAAGGAAACUUUUCACUUGUUUCAUUUACUUGUAUUGUGUUUUUAUUGUACUCGACAGUUGAGAGGUACUAUUGUGCCCUCGAUGUAUUUGCAGAGUUGCGGUUGCUUGCAUGCACUGUAACUUUCAAAGGGAUCUAUCUGUAAUUCUGUUUGCAUAUCUAGUUGAUGAACCAAUUAAUAUUUAAAAUAAA